CGUGCGUGCGUGCGUGCGUGCGCGCGCGCCUACGUCUGGUGUGUGUGUGUGUGUGUGCGCGCGUGUAUCGUGCGUACAGCGUGUAUACAUAUACAUAUAUAAGAAAAAGUUAAUAUAGUGUUCUCUUCUCUAUUCUCCUUCUUAAUCGUGUGUCGAUGAAAAGGAGGUUCCUUUAAAGUGAGAGAGUGAGUGAUCGAGACUGAGAGAGAGAGAGAGAGAGAGUCAGAGUGAAAAAGAGAGAGAGAGAGAGAGAAUAAGAGAAAGAGACAAUCUCCUAGUGUGUGUGUGUGUAGUCCGAUCUCGGAAAAGUCCAGUGGCGGCCGCUAAGAGAGAGAGAGCCAUCAUGGCGAAUCCACGGAAAUUCAGUGAAAAGAUUGCCUUGCUCAACCAGAAGGAGGCGCAGGAAACGGCAGCAUUUGAAGCGAUCAUGCGAGAAGUAUCGGACGUCACGAGCAGAGUCGCGUCGGCAAGCAGCUCGGUGGGUGCGAGUCCUACGGGAUCUGGUGUCCCGGAUGCCCCCCUCUCCGUCAAAAGUGCCGGUGCCAGUCCUCCGCAAUCCAGUGGCAAGCAUCUUCACAUUAACCUGGGCAAUCAGUUUCGAGCUGGAGGUUCAUUGCCUAACGUUAACAACAAUGCUAACUGUGCCAACGACACGAAGGAGCAUCAUCCUUCGCAACACACUGGCGCCGUUCAUUCGAUCGAUCUUAAGACGGCGUUAAGCAAUUUGGAAGAGAUACAACACAAUUCGAUGAUCAAUCGAAAUAGUGAAAGGGGUAGGCAUAUGGGGAUUGGCCCUGUACGGUCUCGUCCCAUGGAAAAAAGACACGACUCAUCCCCUUACAGUGGUGUAUCUUAUCUUCCAUUGCCAGACACGUGGCGAAGGACCAAUUCGGAUUCGGCAUUACAUCAAAGCGCAAAUGAGGCUUGCCAAUCAACGACGACUAUUCCUCAUCGAAGAGAUCAGCACAAUUUCAACAGCAGCAGUAGUAAUGACAAUAGAGAAACGCAUUAUGGUUCAAUCGAACGACCAAGAUCGUCUUGCGAGAUGCCUCGAGUACCUGGAAUUAACAUAUGUCUGAGUUCACAACCACCUGGACAACAGAUUCCCAUAGGAAAUAACACAGGAUCGUUGCCCGACUUAAGCAACGUUCAUUUUCCAUCACCCCUUCAUACCCCUCUGGAUCAAGAGGAUCAAUCUAGUAGUUCACUCUUCAGCAAAAGUCCUCAAACGAGCAGUCCUACAAACCUGUCGCCGACCAGCUUGGCUCAAGCUGGUAGGCUAUCCCUUUCACAGGAUCACAAUCCGCCAAGUGCCCAAAACCAUUUAUCAGUGCCUGUUAACUCUAGGUUCCUUCACCCGUUUAAGCAGGAUGUGGCGCUGGAAAACAGCACAAGUACUUCGCAACAGAAUCUUCAGAAUUAUUCUCAACAAACGGCACCUCAACCACCACCUUCGAUAUCUCACAGUCCAGCUGGUCACUAUAUUUAUCAACAACAACCACAUAGUCCUGUGCCACCACAAAGCCCGAAAACGUCACAGUCGCAGCAAUCGCAACAACAGCAGCAACAUCAGCAUCAACAAUCACAGCAAUUAAAUUCCUUGGAUUCCUACAGGAUCUCACAAACAGUGAACAGGCCAUCGCCACAAUCUUCGCCUAGUCUAACUGUACAAGGAAGUCCAUUAAGUUAUAGCAAUAAUCCAUCAGCCCCGCCAAGUCCAACAGGACAUCCUGGUCCACCGACAUUAGCCUCGGAUGGUAUAGAUCAAAACAAUUAUGUCAUUAAUCAAGCACAAGCUGCUGCACUUCAACAAGACUUUGAACAAUUCACGAUGGAUUGGCCGAAAUUCGCACAGCAGCUCAUGGAACUUGGUUGCACCUGGACAACGCAGAUAGAGAUGGACACACCUGUCACGGCGAACACAAUUGGUAGUUACAUUGGAUCACCUAAUCAUACGACGAGUUAUGCACAGAACGACAUGAUAAACGUCGGUGGUGAAUUAGGCAGCGGUGAUGGUGGUUAUUUCAGUACGAGUCCCCAAGUGGCGUUUCAACCAACGAACACGUCGACGACGACGGCACAACAAUUGACACCACAAACGCCAAAUACACCUACGAUCAUACUUACAGAUUUUUCUGGUGCGGACGACCUGACCAAUCCAGAAUUCGUAAAGGAUCUAGGAACGGCAAUGAUGAGCGAUUUCGAUCCAGAAUUAUUUCCAACGGACGAUGCCCUUAGACAGGGUUUAGGUCAAAUCGACGUCGAUGGUUUACAAAUGCUUACAGAUCCAACCGUGGUGAUUUCUGAUCCAAGUGCAGAAGCACACUUUAGGCUAGAUCGGCUCUAAAAGGUCCCAAGGGCUAGAGAAAGAGAAAGAAAGAAACCGAGAAUGAGAGAAAGAGAGAGAGAGAGAGAGAGAGAGAGAGAGAGAGAGAGAGAGAGAGAGAGAGAGAGAGAGAGAGAGAGAGAGAGAGAAAGAGAGAGAAAGAGAGAGAGAAUUCGCUGGCUCGGCUGAUUAAUUAAACGUAGGACAAAACUAAUUCUAUCUCUUGAUGUCGCGAUCAAAAAAACAAAAAAAAAAAAAAACAAAAAAAAAGAAAUAAAACUCUUUAUAAGAUACACUGCGAUUAAUCGUAGAAUACGUUGAGAUGUUUCCAUUGAAAAAAAAAAUAAAUAAAUAAAUAAAUACAAGAUAAUAACAAUAAUACUAAUUAUGCCCAAGAAAGAGAAGGAGGGUGAAGGAGAGAGAGAGAGAGAGAGAGAGAGAGAGAGAGAGAGAAGAAGAAGGGAGAGAGAGAUAUAUAUAUUAAAGUUUCACAAAUUUCAAUGUAAACAUAUCAACGAAUCCGUGAUUCUUGAUACAUCAUUGAUCGAAGAUCAUUAAAAUAAUUAAAAAGAAAAGAAAAGAAAAGAAAAGAAUAGAAAAGAAAAGAAAAGUAAAGAAAAUAAUAAUAAUAUCUCUUUAUUAAUCCUUUUUUUAUUUUAUACUACUUUGUACAUUGUGUAUCAUGUAUGAGAUGAUCUCUU